AGAGAAAAAGAAAAAGGGAAGAAGCGGGGUGGGGGCCAUGGGGACUGAGCUUAAACUGGUGCCUGCCUGCUUCUCUUUGAUUUGAUGGCCUUUAUUCCUUCUAAUUGGAUAAAAUAGGAAGUCACUGGCAGUCCUGCGUUGCUGGGUGUACUGAUUUUACUCAGAGCAUCCAGCAGCUCUGGAGUACGGACAGAGGGAGGAGGGAGGAGAAAGAGAGAGAGAGAGAGAGAAGGAGAGGGAGAGAGAGAGAGGGAGAGAGAACGUCUUUGGAUGGGGAGGGGAAAGGAAGAGAAAGAGACUAUGAAGCAGGGCCGGGCGAGCUGCAGAGGAAGAAAGUGAAUGAGCGCUCCAGAAGGACAAAGAGGAGUGGUUGGGGGGUGGGGGUGGAGGCAGGGCGGGGAGGGGAGUCACCGCCCCUCCGGGGCCGCACUCUUCCCUUCGGAUCCCUCUGCCAUGACCCUGUUUGCAGUGAUGCUCGCAGGGCAGGCACCUGCUGCUCUAUAAUGAUUCAGCCUCUUCCAGCCGUCGCGUUAACACAACAGGAUGCUGUUGCUACUGGCCCUGCUGCCUCUCUUCCCGCCGCCGCCGCCACCGCCGCCGCUGGUCCUGCUUUUGCUUUUACUUCUCCUGCAUGACAGUUGCUUUCUCCAUCUAAGCAGACAGCAGCUUCAGAUACUCGAGGUGAGAAACAUGCCUUUCAGUUUGGGCUACUGGUUUACCUAAUUGACCAACCCUCGGCUCGGUUUCGGUUUUGGCCCCGGUCCUCUUGACCAGCCGGGAUGGUUUGGAGAAGCAUUUGAAAGAACUGCAAAAGUGGCCCAGAAACAGCCGUCACGAAUUACAAUAUACUUGUAUUUGGUAGUUUGCUAGAGGCUUUUUUUCCUCCUUCCUGCCUCCUGAACUCCUCUUGCUUUUGAUAAUGGCCUUGGACUUGGAAGACUUAUCGAUUUCCCCAUGUAAGAUGCUGCAUCAUUUGGUUGGGGGGGGCUCUGCAUGGUAAUGGACCGUGAGAGAGGCCAGGCCUUCUGGAGGUGAGCCGAUGGAGAUUUAUUCCCCAGACAUGUCCGAGGGAGCUGCUGAGAGGUCCUCCAGCCCCUCCACUCAGCUGAGUGCAGACCCAUCUCUUGACGGGCUUCCGGCAGCAGAAGACAUGCCAGAGACCCAGACUGAAGAUGGGAGAACCCCUGGACUCGUGGGCCUGGCAGCUCCCUGCUGUGUCUGCCUGGAAGCCGAGCGCCUGAGAGGUUGCCUCAACUCAGAGAAAAUCUGCAUUGUCCCCAUUCUGGCUUGUCUAGUCAGCCUCUGCCUCUGCAUUGCCGGCCUCAAGUGGGUGUUCGUGGACAAGAUAUUUGAGUAUGACUCUCCUACUCACCUUGACCCUGGGGGGUUAGGCCAGGACCCUAUUAUUUCUCUGGAUCCAACUGCUGCCUCAGCUGUGUGGGUAGCAUCUGAGACAUACACUUCACCUGUCUCUAGGGCUCCAUCUGAAACUGAGGUUCAAGUUACACUGCAAGUUGACAAUGCUGUUGUGUCCUCCCAACCUGCAGCGGUACCCACCCCGAAGAAUCGUAUUUUUGCUUUUUCUUUCCUGCCGUCCACCGCACCAUCCUUCCCUUUCCCCACACGGAACCCUGAGGUGAGAACACCCAAGUCAGCAACUCAACCACAAACAACAGAAACUAAUCUCCAAACUGCUCCUAAACUUUCUACGUCUACAUCUACAACCGGGACAAGCCAUCUUGUAAAGUGUGCAGAGAAGGAGAAAACUUUCUGUGUGAAUGGAGGCGAGUGCUUCAUGGUGAAAGACCUUUCAAACCCUUCAAGAUACUUGUGCAAGUGCCCAAAUGAGUUUACUGGUGAUCGCUGCCAAAACUACGUAAUGGCCAGCUUCUACAAGCAUCUUGGGAUUGAAUUUAUGGAAGCGGAGGAGCUGUACCAGAAGAGAGUGCUGACCAUCACCGGCAUCUGCAUCGCCCUGCUUGUGGUCGGCAUCAUGUGUGUGGUGGCCUACUGCAAAACCAAGAAACAACGGAAAAAGCUUCAUGACCGGCUUCGGCAGAGUCUGCGGUCUGAACGCAACAACAUGGUGAACAUAGCCAACGGGCCUCACCACCCCAACCCGCCCCCCGAGAACGUCCAGCUGGUGAAUCAAUACGUAUCUAAAAAUGUCAUCUCUAGUGAGCAUAUUGUUGAGAGAGAAGCGGAGACAUCUUUUUCCACCAGUCACUAUACCUCAACAGCCCACCACUCCACUACUGUCACCCAGACUCCUAGCCACAGCUGGAGCAAUGGGCACACUGAAAGCAUCAUUUCGGAAAGUCACUCUGUAAUCAUGAUGUCAUCAGUAGAAAACAGUAGGCACAGCAGCCCAGCUGGGGGCCCAAGAGGACGACUUAAUGGCUUGGGAGGCCCUCGCGAAUGUAACAGCUUCCUCAGGCAUGCCAGAGAAACCCCUGACUCCUACCGAGACUCUCCUCAUAGUGAAAGGUAUGUGUCAGCAAUGACCACCCCGGCUCGCAUGUCACCUGUAGAUUUCCACACGCCAAGCUCCCCCAAAUCGCCCCCUUCGGAAAUGUCUCCACCUGUGUCCAGCACGGCAGUGUCCCUGCCCAUCAUGGCAGUCAGCCCCUUCGUGGAAGAAGAGAGACCUCUGCUUCUUGUGACACCACCACGGCUUCGGGAGAAGUAUGACCCCCACCCUCAGCAGUUCAACACCUACCACCACAACCCCGCACAUGGGAGCAACAGCCUGCCCCCUAGCCCCUUGAGGAUAGUGGAGGAUGAGGAGUAUGAAACCACCCAGGAAUACGAGCCAGCUCAAGAGCCUGUUAAGAAACUCACCAGUAGCCGGCGGGCCAAAAGAACCAAGCUCAAUGGCCACAUUGCUAACAGGUUGGAGAUGGACAGCAACGCAAGCGCUGAGGGCACUAACUCAGAGAGUGAAACAGAAGAUGAGAGGGUAGGGGAAGAUACUCCCUUCCUGGGCAUUCAGAACCCCCUGGCAGCCAGUCUUGAGGCAGCACCUGCCUUCCGCCUGGCGGACAGCAGGACUAACCCAGCAGGCCGCUUCUCGACGCAGGAAGAAUUGCAGGCCAGGCUGUCUAGUGUAAUCGCUAACCAAGACCCCAUCGCUGUAUAAAACCUAAAUAAACACAUAGAUUCACCUGUAAAACUUUAUUUUAUAUAAUAAAGUAUUCCACCUUAAAUUAAACAAUUUAUUUUAUUUUAGCAGUUCUGCAAAUAGAAAACAGGAAAAAAAACUUUUAUAAAUUAAAUAUAUGUAUGUACAAAUGUGUUAUGUGCCAUAUGUAGCAAUUUUUUACAGUAUUUCAAAACGAGAAAGAUAUCAAUGGUGCCUUUAUGUUCUGUUAUGUUGAGAGCGAGUUUUGUACAGUUACUGUGAUUGCUUUUCCACAGUAUUUCAGCAAAACCUCCCAUAUAUUCAGUUUUCGCUGGCUUCUCGUGCAUUGCAUUAUGAUGUUGACAGGAUGUAUGAUUUGCAAGACUUGCAACUGUCCCUCUGUUUGCUAUUUAUAGUAGCGCCCGAUCAGUACGUCUUGUAAUGGCACAUCCAUCCAAAUACUCUUCUCUUUUGUACGAAGUUUUCUUUUGCUUUCAGUAUAUGAAAUGAGUUGUGUCUACUCUGCCAGCCAAAGGUUUGCUUCACUGGGCUCUGAGAUAAUAGUAGAUCCAACAGCAUGCUACUAUUAAUUACAGCAGGAAACUGCAUUAAGUAAUGUUAAAUAUUAGGAAGAAAGUAAUAUUGUGAUUUUUUUAAAAAAACUAUAUUCUUAAUCAGAAGACAGCUUGCUCUCACGAAAAAGAGCUACCAUUUGCUUUGUUUGGGUUUAUUUUUCUUGACAAAGAGCAACAGUUGGGGGGAUAGCAUAGUAAAUGGGUUCUGGCUUGCUAUCGGGGUAAAUCCAUCACCUUCUAAGAGGACUCAGCCUCAUUUUCUGGGGGAAUGACGCAGCAGGUCAUCUAGUUGAAAAUCAAACCGUGGCUGAAAAAGGUGCAAUCGUUCCUGACUUGUGUUUUUCACUGAUUGGGGAGCUAGCCAUUGGUUGUGUCUUAUCAACUCAAGAACAGAUGUGUUAUGGCACAAAAUGACCAGCUUAAACGGCACACUCAGCAAUUUGAAAUCCUUCUGCAGUGAAAUAUGCCUGCCGUGUGCGGUGGUGACUAGUCAUCAUAGCGAAGUAGUUCUGUUGUAGAGUAUCUAGACGGAGUGAGUGUCUAGAAGGCCCAGGUGGAGAAGAGCCGUGUGACUUGGUUGCAGUUUUAAAACAGUUCUGUUGACCACGCCUUUCUCCUCAUGACUUUCCUCUUGUUUUUCCAUGUUGCCUCGAUCAGGUCAUAACUAUGCAUGAACAUUUUUGUCAGGAAUGGCCAACAUGCAUGUGAUUUGUGAUUAGCAAGAGCCUUCCCAGAGCAAUGAUUCAUCAGGGAAUGUUGACAGGGUUGGAAAGAUUGCAACUUUCCCUGCAGAAGUGACCCCCCACCUCUGUCCUGGCCUCUCCAUCUGCAGCCUGUAUCAUCCAUGUCCUCCCCUUUCUUACCUUUUGCUUUACUGUCACAAAACAGGACGGACGAUGGGUCCAAACUUCACAUGUUCUCUGUGAUCGCAAGUCCAAGGAAGGCCUAUAGCUGUUAAUAUGUGGAAUAAACGCUAAUUCAGGAAAAUAGGGGGAUUUAAAAAAAAAAUGCAGGCCCUAUUUCAUGCCCUGCCUGAUAUCUGUCAGAUCGGGCUAGAGCUUUACUUAGAUUCCUGGUGACCUCUUGGGAUCCAUGGGACAAAAUGGGAAACAGGUUGGCAGGGGGUUCCAAACACCAGGCGUGAAGUCAACGAGAGCAGCUGCUGCUUGUUUGCAGGUGAACUGGGUUUAGUUCUUCAUCAAAUGUCUAUGUUAAAAUACUCGGGAAGAAGGGACGUGCAAGGAGGUCGUGGGAAAAUGCGGGCUGGACGCGAGUCAUGUCAUUAAGCAACUUUCCUGUUUCUACAACCCACAGAGGUGUCUGUCUGCAGGUCCUUGAAGUUACUCUUAGUAUUUGGUAUCCUGAACUGUCCUUCGUUACUCACACGCCACUUUGUGCUUCUUUCGGGCUGCCCAAGUUAUUCCGAUUUCCCACUUCUGUAGAAAUGAGUAAGCUCAUGGCAGGGGGAAGAGGGCAGUCCACCCAAAGAGGUCCUUUAAAUUAUUAAAUUAAUAUUGCCUUUGUGAAGGCCUUGGGUCGUUCAGAGACUAUGUCAAUAAAGAAAUUUCUACCAUUAAUGAAAAGUCUAAAAUUUCUGCUGCAAAAAUCUUUGGGCAUUGGAGUAUUCAAAUGCCCCAUUGUGGAGAAUUUCCGGAAUAAAUGGUAUCUGCUGAGAGCAACCAACAUUUUCCUCAGUAUGAAAAUUGCUAUCUACAUUUUCAGGUCGCAAAUACAUAGGAACCUUUAGGACGAGAGGAAAUUUUAUUUCCAGCUUGAUUCUGGUCACUCAGAGAGGUGGCAUGUUCUCUGGGACAGCCUUUCCUUCUGGAGAACAAGAGUUUGCCCCUGUAAGAAAGGCCAGCUGUCUCCUCAGGGCUACCUGCCGCCACCACCCACUUUGUGUUCAAAUGGACCUCUCUGUGAUGUCUAGUCCCCACGCGGCUCCCAACCAUCCCUGUCUCUAAACGCGGGCAGUGUAGUGGCAAUCCUACGGAGGGGCGUGAACCCAUGCUCCCAGCAUGUGGCAAGCUUCAGAGGGGCUUCCGGGGAGUGGAAAUUGCCCAGAAGUGUGACGGCAACUGUGUUUCCUGGGUCUGAAAUCCUAUCCCACCGAGGGGUAGUGCAGUAUAGGCGAAACUUCUUUUUCUCACUCAAGAUUCCCCUUCUGUCCUACUCUCCCUUCUUGCCGGGUAUGCCUUUUUUUGUUUGUUUUUUUUUCAAGAGUGCCUGGACAGCCUCAUGCUUUCCACAAAAUGGCACUCUGCCUGAGUAUAUGUGAAAUGUGUCCCAAACACCAACAGACCGUAUCUUCCUUGUUUAAGUGUGACUGUCUUGAUAUAGAUGGAGUUUAUCCAGGGUAACUUGCUCAUAACUAUUCCUUUUUUUGGCCUGAGUUAAAAGGUGCAUGGCUCACAUUGGUGAAAAUAAGGAAGGCCUGGUUUUAUCUUUUAGUACUGGCUUCAUUCCACCACCCACAGAGAUUUCUAUCUGCAAAGACCCGUGAAACACUGCAGAGAAGUGCAGGCAAGAGGAAAUGGCCACAUAUCACGAAUUCUAUUAUAUAUUCUUUUGUAAAUACACAUUGUACGUUACUUGGAUGUUUUCCUAAAUCAUUUACUGUCUUUAUGAGUUAAUGUCAGUUUUUUACUCUCUCAACUUACUGUGUAACAUUGUAAAUAACAUAAUGUCUUUUAUUAUUUAUAUUUAAGCAUCUAACAUAGAGUUGUUUUCAUAUAAGUUUAAGAUAAAUGUCAAAAAUAUAUGGGGUUUUUUUUUUUUGUUUUUCUUUGCUUUAAAAUUAUGUAUCUUUUCUUUUUUUCUUUUUUUUUAAAGAAUAAUUUAUUGUUCAGGAGAAAGAAUGUAUAUGUAAUUGAAACUAUUUGAAGAAUGCACAUUUGAAGGCCCUGAGGUACUGAUAAACUAAAGAAUUUAUUAUCCAAAAUACUAAGCAAUAAGUAAUUGUGAUUUAUUUAAAGUUUUGUUCAUUUUCCAUGAAAGACAUACUGCAAUAAAAAUGCUACUCUGUGGAGGCGUGGGAGUGUUGCUCAGCAGACUAAUGUUUCAGUCUGUUAGACCAGCACCUUUCAGCUGACUGUGACAGUUGUAUUAAUUUAGGAAUGUGCCUGAUGGACCCCAUGAUCAUCUCCUCUGUUGCUUUUGCCACACUGCCUGUUCUUUCAUCACUUUCUGCCUGUUGGUUCUGCUCAUCACUGUCUUCCGUGUUGAAGGGGCCACAAGCAAGCAAUACGAUGUCUUCUUCCCCUUCUCGCACACUGCCCACCACCCCACCCCCCGCCAAUACGCAAUAACAUAUCAGAGAGGACAUUUUAGGGCAUGAUUGCCUGGAUCCUAGUUGUUGAUAUGUUCUGUAGUGACCGCAAGAGAUUUCUUCAGACUAAUGGAAAUGUCAAUGUGAUGAUCCCCAGCAGUUGUGAAAGGAAAACAUGUUAUUGGGGUUCAAGUAAUCUGACGGCCAACAGGGCCCAAAAAAGGCAGCCAUUAGAACCUGGCCAUGCUCAGCUUUCCUGUAGCUUCAGUAAAUUUAUCUUCCAUCAGGUUCAUGAUUUAUUGAUUCGGGCCCAUGAUUUAUUGAUUCAGUUUUGAGAGAAGAUAAGGCUAAGUUGGAUUCUUUCCCCUCAUGCUAUCAAUAAAUCAAACGAAAUGCCCAUCUUACUGCUCAGGGAAGGGCCUAUGCAUGAGAAAUUUCCCACAUUCUAAGAUUUAGUCAUAGAAAUGAGGAUAUUACUUUUCUUACUGAAAUUAGCCUAAACAAAAGCCAUAUUUUAACAAAUAGAUAUUUGCAUGGGUGAUACUUUUUAUAUAUUUCGAGCAAUUUACUCACUAUUCUAGAUAAGAUUAGGGCUUGUGAAGUAUAUGAGAUAGAGUUCAGGAAUCCUGUGGGGGUACACAGGGGCCUCCGUUGGAGUUUGAGGGCACCCAAUGCUUGCCAUCAAAGUCCAUCUCCAUAUACAUAUAUGAUUCCUAGUACCUACUAACAGCUCUACUGGUAUCAUUUCCAAAACAGUCUUAGAUGUCUAAGAGAUUCAGAUAGUGGCCUUUGACUGUACUUGUUCUUAUUAUUUAUAUUAUGAACUUUUCAAAACAAUUCAGAGUCCUCAUAUUUGUGAUUUGUGUCAACUUUGGUUUACACAUGCGCACGCGCGCGCGCGCGCGCACACACACACACACACACACACAAUUCCUAAUACACACUAUCCUGAAGCCACCACAUCAUUUCACUUGUCCAGUCCAGCCAACCAGCCAUUCAGCAAAUCAAGGAGUUCACAGAAUAUUGAAAAAUUGAAGACUGAGAUACUUCCCUGUGUCUUCAAGUUGAAGCUGAGGCUUUGUCCAUCCCUCAAACUGAAAACUACAAGCAGCUAUCUCAGUAACGUAGGUUAGAAUCAGAUACCUAACAUAUAUUGGUAUUUGAGGCAGAAGACUAUGUGGUGGACCAUGGUACAGAGAGAAUGAAGAUUAUCUGAAUAUUUAGAUUAUCACAAUUCUCCAUUCACUUCAAUGCUGUAGACUGGAAUGUCAAACCCAGGCCAACAACAUCUUUGCAGCCUAAUGUCUGGGGAAGACAUCAUUAGAUUUCCCUGCUCUCAGCCCUGAUGAUGAAUGACCAAAGGACCUGAUGUCAGGGAUUGGGGGUUCAGUGAGGCAGUUCGGAAAUCUAGAGAUUUAGGAUGCUGGAGGGAGUGGAAAAUUUUGAUGACCUCAUGUGAAUCACUUUGUAGUCUAUCUUGGGCUUGCCCUUUCUGAAACAGAAUAAAAUAAAUUUAUGGAAACCAUUACUCCAAAAGAUUGAUCUGGUAAGGGAAGAGAAAUGCUUUCAGUUUAUGUGAGACAGGACCGUCCUGCUGCUACAGUAAAGCCGCAUUAUUCCUCCCUUUAAGGCUGUCGUGGGACAGAGAAGUCAGACCCGAUCCUGUAUCUCCCUGGAGGCUCCUGUUGACAAACUGGGACUGUCAUUGUUGGACCUCUCUGGUGAGCUGUUGUGUUUGAGCUUUAGUGAGCUUCAGAACAUCACUUGGCAGGGGGAUAAAAUGGAUUUUGUUACCUGGAGGAAACCCAUCAUGAUCUACCCGAUCUUUUUAAAAGCAAACCAGAAGAGGGAGACCAGUAAUUCAUAAAAGGAGACAGAGAAUCCUUCCCCCCUUCAAACGUAUUUAUUGGGACAGAAUUUGAUGGAAGAAGCGACUCUCUUCCCACCCCACAACAUGCCAGAAGGGCCGGAGAAUUACCUUCAUAGAUACAAAAAUCUUUCUUAGCUUAUGUACGGGUUUGCUUAUAUACAGAGAAAUAAUCUAUUAUGCAUAAGUAAUAUUUUAUAAGAUUUCAGGGCUUAAAACAUCCUUUUCAUUUAUAAUCUUCUUAAACCCAUGGGAUGUUGCUAUGAUAAAUAGGAAAUUCUAGGUUCAGGGAAGUUAAAAGUGUUUCCUGGAGCUACACAUGUGGUAAGUUGCAGAGGUAACACUUGUACCCAGGCUUUCCGACUACAACUCCUUUUUCUACCCAUUGCACGCCUUCCCUCCCCACCCCAGACUCAACGAAGGCUGCCAUUUUCAGCCUUUCAUUGCCUCAAGACAAGUUCCAUCCAAAACCAAGCUUCUAUUUGAAAGAAUAUGAGCUCCUCUGGCUUUGGUUUAGAGUUACUCUAGAACCCAAUUUGCCUGACUUAGUGACUAUGCACUUUUUUCCUAAACAUAGCUUUCUAAGGAAAUGAAGUGUAACCAUGGGAAUGGAUUCACAAUUUCAAUGUGUAGGUAGCAUCCAGCAGUGAAAUGAGGAGGGGCUUAUAGGCAGCACUGUCCCCACCACUCAGCAGCUUGGCCCGUUUGAACAAUUUCCCCCUCCAAGCUUAUUUCUUGAUCACUAAUAUGGGAAUCCAAGCAACUUUACAAGGCUGUGGUGUGUAAUGAGGAUUACACUUGAAUACAUAUAAGGAAGCCAUACAUGUCUAGCAUAGAGUGAAUAUCCAAAGGCUACCUUCUCUUUGCUCCUUCCCCCCCACUUUAUGUUCUUAAGUUUUGGAGCUUGUGUUUCUCAGUUCCAAAUGACACACUCUACAUCACACAAGCUCAUCAAAUAAACAUAUUUGAGCAUUUCUCCGAUCUCAUGCCAAUAGGCAAAUUCCUUUUUAAUGACAACUGUAUAUUAAGCAGCAAAAUCACUGAACAGCAUUUAAAGUUGUAACUUAAGUUCUUUAUUUUAUGUUUGCUUCUUGUGUAGCCACACUGUUUCACGUAAAGUCUGUCAUUUUUAAAGGCUUAUUGCAUGAGUGUUUCAUUAUAAUUUCACAGAAAUUUACUGAAACAUACUUCUUUGUAGUUUUCAGAAUACCAUUUUCAAACUUCAUUGCAAACAUGUAGUAAGACAAGCAAAACAUGAUCCUAAAUGGAUAGGAUAUCUUUGCACACCCAUUUUCCUUCAUUUGCACCCAGGACGUCCUGGCAUGUUCUAUUCCCGCCCCCCCCCCUGCAAAAAAAUAUAAUCUAGGCAAAGUCUGCAUAGUGAUAAAGUUAGAGGAGUCAAGUCUCGGAUUAACUCCUAAAUGAAAGAAGCCUCUUUGCUUAUGGAUGUUUCUCACCCCCUCCCAUGAUCUAUCCAAUAAGUAAUUUUUCAGGUUCUACUCACUCUUUAUGCAUAAAACAAGAUUCUUUUUUUAUGAAUAAUUUAUAGAUUGAAGCUUUUUGGAUUCAAUACCUUAAAAUGUCAUCCUACAUUAAGAAUAGUGGGUGACUUGGUCUAUGAUAUUCAUCAUCAGGCUUGUCGUGUAGUUAAUAUAGUUCUAUUAUUAAUGGCAAGAGAGUCUAAUAUAAUUGCCCAUACAUUAUCCUUCAUUUAAAUAAGAAUGUAUUUUAUUGAAAAUAAUCCUAACUCUAGCUCCCUAUAAAAAUGAUAAAUAAGGACACUUCCUUGUCUUUUUUUUUUAAGAGAUAAGCUAGAUGUAAACUUUGUAUCAUGUUAAUUAUUAGUUAUCAUCAUUGUUAAGCAAACACUUGUCUUCCAUUCUUUGGCUUUCAUUUGGUGAUUUCCUUCUUACCAGACCUUGACCUUUCUCUUGAAGAUGAUUGGGGGCCUCAGGCUGGGCAAGUUUUCUAGAGCCCUUUUGGUUUCUCACAGUCAGCCUGAAGUAUACUUUCCAUCUUCUUCAGAUGAAGGGUUUUCAUCAGUAUGUCCGUUAGCAGGUGAUAAGGUAACAAAAGCAUUUCCCUUAUGUCCUAGACCCUCUCCACUAUGAAAAGGAAAGACAGAAAAUGCUGUGUGUCAGAGCCAAUUCCCAGUACCCAAUUUCCUUCCAAUUAUGAGAUGAUUCUGCUCUCCCGCAAGAAUCUCUCUGCAAAUAUCCAUCCCAGCCUUCCUUCAGAGUAACCUUAUUUUUGCAAAAUGGAGACCUCCCUUAGUAACUUCUUAGUUUAGAGCCCUUCUCGUCCCUGGGCUGAUACCUCUGAUUUCGAAAUCAUAGGACAAUAUAACUUGACAUUUGGAACAAAAAUUAGUCAGAAAUUAUGGGUUUAGGAUUUAAAGUACUUUUUAAAAACUGAGAAGUUUUUCUUGAUUUGUUGUAAGCCCUUUAGAAAAUUUUAGGGCAGAGUCGGAGAGCAUUAUAUCUUUUUCGGUAUUUGCUUGACCAAAAACUCUUUCAGAACAUGAAAAGAUGCUAAUUAUACACACAUUCUGAGUUCUGCCUGUUUGUCUGGGGAGUUAGAUCUCUAGCCAUGCGUGUGAGGAAAAGACCCUUCUUAUUAAGCUGUUGAUGCAGAGUUAAUAGGAUUUAGGUUACCACUCAGGGUCAAACUCAUACCAGUUAUCCAGCAAAAGAACUACUAAGGGAAAAUAUCCCCUCAUCUGAUUAGGAGAGCCACAUGUCACCCACUGAGCAAGCCAGAACCUGAGCAAUAUUCUAGGUUUCUUCCUCCACAUCUAACUGGUGACAAUGGUGAUCGUACCACUGACAUGUCAAGCCUCCCCUAUACACACUCUUGUACCACUGGCGCCCUCUUCCUCUCUCAGUGGGGGCCCCCUUAGCCUCCUAACUGAUCUGCUUCUUUUAGUUCCUCUGGGACAUCCUUCGCAUUUUGCUGGAAGUUUCUCUCUAACUUGCAAACCUUGUUGUGCAUCCUCCUGAUUAUAACCCUUCAAUGGCUCCUCAUGAAGCUUGACUCCUCAGCUUGACAUAGGAUGCUCUCCACAGGCUGGCUUCUGCCAAACUCUUGUAGUGCCUCCCACUUCACCCUUGACUCCAUCUUAUGAUUUUCUGUUUUCUAAGUAUUCCACACCAGUGUUUGUCAAACUCUACUCAUUGGCGUACCAACUUCAUGACUAUUACCAUA